AAUAUUUUUGUUGUCAUUCUCUAUUUGAAAAAUGCAAAUUGUACAUUAACUUUUGCCGAUGUGUUGGUAAAAUUUUGCAGGAGUCAGAAGCUGCUAUGAUGAAGGAAAGAGAGUGGCUGAAACUUUGAUGUUUGAUUAUCAUAGGCAGCAUGGGAUAGAGAUAAGAAUUGCCAGAAUUUUCAACACUUAUGGACCCAGAAUGAACAUUGAUGAUGGUCGUGUUGUCAGCAAUUUCAUAGCCCAAGCCAUCCGUAACGAACCUUUGACUGUUCAAGCACCUGGAACCCAAACCCGGAGUUUCUGUUACGUGUCUGACAUGGUUGAUGGCCUUAUCCGACUAAUGGAAGGAGAGAACACUGGGCCCAUCAAUAUUGGAAAUCCAGGUGAAUUCACCAUGAUUGAGCUUGCGGAGAAUGUUAAGGAGCUUAUCAAUCCUGAAGUAAAGAUCAUAUCAGUGGAGAACACACCAGAUGAUCCUCGUCAGAGGAAGCCAGACAUCACAAAAGCAAAAGAAUUGUUAGGCUGGGAACCAAAGAUCAAGCUGCGCGAUGGUCUUCCUCUCAUGGAGGAAGAUUUCCGACAGAGGCUUGGAGUUCCCAGAAAGAACUGAACCAAGUGAAUUUGUCUGUAGCAGUUAUUCAUGCUCAGCUUCUGGGUUCCCUGCCCCCCGGGUCUCAUUUUUCCUUUUAUCCUAUUAUAUUAUGAUUUUGAAUAAAUAGUUGGAAUUUUUAUAAUUGGAAGGAGCCAAUCGCAUGAUGUGUGGAACUUAUCAACUCCUGUUGCAGUGUGAAGGAUUAUGGCAUAAUACAAGGAAAUUAUUUUUGCCCUUUUGA